AUGAAGGCCUCCAACAUCCUUGCCCUCUGCGGCCUCUUCGUCCUCCUCGCCCUCCCGGCCAUCCUCGCCAACACCUGCGGCGGCAACUGCCCGUCGAACGAUUGCUCGUCUUGCCCGUGCGGUACCGGCACUUCCUACACCGACAUUGGCUCGGCGUGCCGCCGGUUCAGUGGCUGGAGCCAGUCGUGCUGCGAGUGCAUUGCCCGCCACGAGAGCGGCGGCAACCUCCACGCCGCCAACCAGAACCGCGGCGGCAGCUACGACGUCGGCCUGUGGCAGAUCAACAACCAGAACUGGGCUUCCUGCUCUGGCGGCCGUGCCCCUUGCGAUCUCGAGAGCAACCUGCAGUGCGCCAUCAAGGUCUGGGGCUGGGGUGGCAACUCGUUCCGCCUGUGGUCCACCUGCGGCGCUUGCGGCUGCUGCUGA